UCAGUUGUUUGUUGGCCAGUUGUCAAUUUGGUUUGUUUUUUUGGCAUGGAAAGUCCAAAAAACGGAGGAGCAGCCUUUAAAUAUGGUCCAGCUGUACGGAUUGGUAUUGCCGUCCUGGUGCUGCACACCGUUGGCUGGCUGGGCUGGAAGGCUGUGAACCAGGAUGCGGCUUCCAAGGAGGCAAAGGUCAAUGCCAAUGCCAAGCACGAACAACUGCGGGCGGCCUCAAGGAAAAGUGACAUAAUGUGGAGUGAAAACUCUGGGGAAAAGCCAACAAGCUGCAAGAGACUGUGUUAAUAAAGUUAAUAAUUUAACAAAUAAAUAGAAAAUGUGAAAUGUA